GAAUUUGCAAGAAAAAAAAUGGAAAGAAUGGGAUUGAGAUCAAACUUUCUUGCAUUAGUACCAUUGUUGUUAUUGUUGGUGUCUAAUGCUAAAAGUCAAUCUAGUGGUAUUUUCGAUGUCACAACGUUUGGUGCCAAACCUAAUGUAGAUAUCACAGCUGCUUUGGCAAUUGCAUGGAAGACAGCAUGUGCGUCCACCACUCCAAGUAAAGUGUUGAUUCCAAAAGAAAGUUACAAAUUAAGUCAAUCUAACCUUAACGGCCCUUGCAAAAGUUCUAUUGAGUUUCAAAUUGAAGGGACAUUACAAGCUCCAGCUGAUCCAAAAGGAGAUGGGUUGCUCAUUUUGGAAUAUGUUGAUCAAUUGACAAUGUCAGGUACUGGAGUUUUAGAUGGUCAAGGAAAAACAGGUUGGGAAAAGAAUGAUUGCCACCUAAAGAAAAUAUGCACCAAACUUCCGAUGAAUUUGAAGUUCAAUUUCAUCACUAAUUCAAUAGUGAAGGACAUAACUUCGUUGGAUAGCAAGAACUAUCAUAUCAAUCUUUUGGGCUGCAAGAAUCUUACCAUUGACCAUGUGACAAUUACUGCACCAGAUAAUAGUCCCAACACCGAUGGAAUUCACGUGAGUAGUUCAGAAGGGAUUAACAUUCUUAAUACCAAAAUCGAAACCGGGGAUGAUUGUAUAUCUGUGGGAGAUAGUAACAAACAAAUAGCCAUUAGUGAUGUUACUUGCGGACCAGGACAUGGAAUUAGCAUUGGAAGUUUGGGCAAAUAUAGCAAGGAACAAGCCGUGGAAGGAGUUACGGUGAAAAAAUGCAAAUUGAUCAAUACUUCAAAUGGGGUCAGGAUCAAGACAUGGCCAGAUUCCGUUGGCGCAUUCCCAGCCAUUGACAUGCAUUUUGAAGAUAUUGAAAUGGUUAAUGUCAGCAAUCCUAUCAUCAUAGACCAAGAAUAUUGUCCAUGGAACCAGUGCAACCGAAAGGUUCCUUCGAAAAUUAAGAUAAGCAAAGUUAGUUUCAAGAAUAUAAAAGGCACUUCCGCUACUCCAGUUGCAGUCAAACUUGUUUGCAGUAAAAGUGUGCCAUGUGAGGGUGUGGAAGUUGCUGAUAUUGACCUCAGUUACAGUGGAAGCCAAGGACCGAUCACAUCUCAGUGUGCAAAUGUAAAUCCUAUCGUUAGUGGAAAACAAAAUCCUCGCAUCUGUGCUGAGCCUGCACCUAUUGACGCUCCAUCAACUGAUUGAGAAUAAUCUUUUAACCUAUUUGUAGUUCAUUUUUUCGUAGCAUUUUUAUUUUACCUUUCAAAAC